GGGAUGUUGGUGGACUACCAAUGUCUGCCUGCGCUUAGGAAAGGUGCGUGUCCCCAGUGUCCGCUUCGGUCGCCCGGUUAGGAAUGCGCCUCACGGCUUUGACGCAAGUUGAAAUAUCUGAUGAGACAUUAUAGAGUACGGUGAUAUAACAUGAGUUGCACAUUGCCUUUAUUUUUGAAUUUAGUGUAUUGACUUCCGAGUUUGAUUAAUUACACUAGACGUCGAUUCAUAGCUAGGUAGCAAGCUUUCUUGCUAGCCCUGGCUACUUAGCAGCUAGCUAGCAAUCUAGCUUACUGUGUUGGUUAAACAAGUCUAGCAGGAGAUAACUGGAUAGAUUGCUGAACCCAGCCGGCACUUUGGUAAAAGGAGUUGGUGGCACGCGGAGGGUCGGGAGAACACGACGGGGUAGACGUGACCCAGGGGCGGCCGAUGAGUUCGGACCAGGGCGGAGAGCCGCCGCUGUUGCAGGAGGAGGCUGAUCCGGGACCGAAGACCAGUGGGAAGGACAAAACACCACCUGGGAUCGGUGGAGGGUCAGGCGGCAUGGUCACCUCCAAGGGCGCAGGUCUGAACCCCAAUGCCAAGGUGUGGCAGGAGAUGCCUGUGGCUGCCAGCGAGGCUCCUGCUGAGGCAGACGAUGGCUCCCAGUGGCCCCAGGCCGACAUCACAGAGGGUUAUUCUGAGACUUCCCCUGCUGUAUGUAAACCAUACCCAGUCUGCGUCCUCCCCCUCGAGGAGGCUAGCCCUGCGGCGGCGGCUGCAGAGGUCGCUGUGAACGGCAUGGAUCCUUCAGACCCAGGGUUCCCCCCUGCUGACGUCACCACCGCAGUGGUCUCCAAGAUGACGGCCGAGCAGCCCCUCCCCUCAGAGAACCUGCGGGAGGUACUCAAGAAAGAGCUGGAGUUCUACUUCUCUAGGGAGAACCUGUCCAAGGACCUGUACCUAAUGUCCCAGAUGGACAGUGACCAGUUUGUCCCCAUCUGGACCAUCGCCAGCAUGGAAGGCAUCAAGGCCCACACCACUGACAUGGACCUCAUCUUGGACGUGUUGAGAUCCUCUCCGAUGGUACAGGUGGAUGAGAAGGGAGAGAAGGUCCGUCCCAAUCACAAGCGUUGCAUCAUCAUCCUGAGGGAGGUUCCUGAGACGACGCCCGUGGAGGAAGUGGAGGCCCUCUUUAAAAAUGACAACUGUCCGAAGGUGAUAAGUGUGGAAUUUGCGCACAACAAUAACUGGUACAUCACAUUCCAAUCAGACACGGAUGCUCAACAGGCGCACCGAUACUUAAGAGAGGAAGUAAAAACAUUUCAGGGAAAACCCAUCAUGGCAAGAAUAAAGGCCAUCAACACGUUCUUUGCUAAGAAUGGCUACCGUAGCAUGGACAGCAGCAUGUACGCCCAGCAGACACAGACCCAGUCCCAGUACAGUUCACCUCUCUACAUGCAGCCCGUCUACCCUCAGCAGCAGUAUCCUGUCUACGGCAUCGUCCCCCCCACCUGGACAACCUCCCCAGCACCCUACUUUGAGACCCCCCUGGCACCGUUUCCGAACAGUGGCUUUGUCAACGGGUUCAACUCUCCCGGGCACUACAAAACGGGCUCGAACUCUCUCAAUAUCUCUCGGCCCUUCAACAGAAACCGUGUCCCCCUCUAUUCAAGAAAGAAUGUAAUAAAUGCCUUCAGAAACCAUGUGAAGCCCCAGAUGAGGUCAGGCGAGGUGGGCCCUGCGGCUGCGACCCCCCAGGAGAGCCUGACCGGCCUCCGCAGCCCCCAGCCCCCCAGCAACCCGGCCUCGGUACAGGCCCCCACCGACAUGAACGCAGCCUUCCCGCACCUCUCAUCGGACCCCACUGACGACGGCAUGGCUGGGCGUGGAAGGAGGAGUACCUACAGAGGCACCCGGAGGAGGAGAGAGGACGAGCGCAUCCCGAGGCCCACACCCCUGGCUGAGGUGAAGCUUUCACCCCCCAAGUUUGACCUGGCUGCGACCAACUUCCCCCCUCUGCCUGGCAGUGUGGUCAGCACACAGGGGGAGCCCGUUCUGGAAAACCGAAUGUCUGACGUAGUGCGCGGUCUGAACAAGGACAAGCAGACGGAACAAGCCAGUAAGGAAGCCAGUGCACACGUUGCCCCGGCCCCAGAGGAAACUGCACCUGUUUCCAGUCUUGCUCAGCCUGUAGCCAAACCUGCUGCACAGCCCCAUGGACCACCCGCCCCCAGUGUGACCCAUCAUGAGAAGAAAGUGGAGCGAGCCGAGCCCCCCGCCCCCAAGGUGGCCCAGCAGUCAGCCCCGCCUCCCACCACGCCCAACCCACCCUCUUCCACGCAGCCCCUACCUGGUCCUAAGCCUCAACCCAGUGUCGUGUCGUCCUCACAAGCUGCUGCGAGCACCAGCGCCUCCAGCACCACCAGCACCUCCACCACCACUGCCCCCAUCCCUGUAAUGGAGCCCCGCAAGCUCAGCUAUGCCGAGGUUUGCCAGCGACCACCCAAGGACUACCCUCCCCCAGCUUCCGCCCAGGCCCCGUCCCCCUCCGGCAGCGCGGCAGGCCAGCCCCUGCGGGAGCUGCGCGUCAACAAGGCCGAGGAGCCCGGCUCCAGCAGCGGGAGCAGCCCUGGAGACAGGCAGGACAAGACCCACGAGCGAGAGGGGGGCUGGGAGUGCAAAGAGAGCCGGCCCCCACGCGACUCCCAAGGUUACCGCAGCAACGGACCCCGAGGCAGUGGGGGCCUCAAGUUCCGCGAACAGAGACGCCCCCCACCGGCCCGGCGCAGCUCCCCCCAGGGGGGCCCCAGACACACUGGCAAAGAGCAGAAUAUUCCCCCAGCAUUGCCAAAGUAAAACUCCAUAUGAUUGAGGAAAAAGAAAAAAAAAGAAAUGUAUGAAAAUAUAUAUAUAUAUAUAAAUAUAUAAAAAAUGAAUUACAUAUAAAAGCAACAACCUUAAUGGUAGCCACCUCUCACCCCUGGGACAUGUCCAAAGAAAAGCUUUUGCAAUGACAAUAAUGAAACAGAGUGGGACAUCCGGGAAAAAUGGGCAACAACAUGCCAUCGAAUGAAGUGAACUUUCACAGAGGAGUUGAAAAGGAAACAAAAACAAAAAAGUAUCAUCUGAAGCCUCAAUUCUUUUCCGAGUUUCAAAUCAGUGAUUUCUGAGGAGGCAAUUUCCUUUCAACUCUGCCUGAGAGAGGUGGGACACUGGCCCUGUAACGGCCCUCUACCCUUUUUAAAGAAUAGAUGUUGGUCUGCAAGGAACAUAUGCACUAAGAAGAAAAGAACAUGCAUAUAUGUCAUGUACAUAUACAAAGAUAUCACUAACACGCAAUGAGACAUCCUUUCUGUUUUUCUCUUGCUCGUGUGCUUGAUUUUGCAAAAAUGGGAAAGGGUUACCUGAUGUCUGUAUAUGCAUUGAUUGUGAAGCAAGCAGAUGUAUGUGCUCCAGUUUUCUGUUGCACUGAUGACAAUAAUUCUUUCUUUCAUGAAGUCGCUAAUUGUAAGUACAUGCAUUUAGAAUCAUUGUCCUGAAAUUGGGCAGAUUGGGUCCUCUAAUGUAUAUUCAUGAAAUGUGUCAUGCUGAAAUUUGGAGCCUGGUUAAUGACCUGCUCACAUCUGUCAGAAUUGCAACUAAUGGCGAUUCAACCACAGUUCUAUCUGUGGUUUGCAGAGAUGAUGUUUUAAGCAGCGAUCUACUUGGGGCAGAUCGCAUUGGUCACUUAACCAUGCAUUACCCUGAUCCAAAGCUGUGUAUUUUUAAGUUGAGUCAUCUCUGGUACCUUUCCUGAUGUUUCUGGGGCCCCCACCCAGAGGAUUCAAAACAUGCUUAUUCUGAUUCAGUCAAGCUCUCGGUUUACAACCCAUUUUUAUAAAUGGGGAUUAGAUUUAUGGUCAGACAUGACUGUGUGUUGUGCUUGGCAAUAUCCAUCAUAACAGGACAUCCAGGAUCAGUACAAUUUAUUUUCCUUUUUUUUUAUUAUAAUGGUGGUAUAGUAUCAGAUGUAGACUUAAAAGUGCUGAUAGCUGAGAGAUGGAUAGCUCUACUCAUUUGGCAGCCAAGUAAAGGGUUAAAAAUAUCAGACCAUUUCCAUGUGCUAUGUGCCAGCUGUCUAUGAUCAUAGCGGACUUGAUAGGUUGAGUUGUCAAUGAGGUCAGCUAAGUAAUGUAGUCGUGGUAAAAUGGGACUUUAAAACUGUAGGGGAGUAGUUGCCUGUGCUAUAGUGUAUUAACCCUUAACUAGCGGUGUCUGAGAAUGUAUUUGUUCUAGUGCUGAACAACUUCCAGGGCGAGGCAUUUGUCAAAAACAGGUAUCCACCACAGUUUGUUUGUUUGUUUUUUGCUUUUUUUAGGGUGAGUUUGCCGUUUAAAUUUCAACAAAGACAGAUUGACCUACUAUUGAAGUUUGACUCGUUAUGUAUUGCUUUUAAAAUUGUAUUUAUUUUAAUCCUACAGUGCAACGCUUUUCCAAUCUUGGUAGGCUGGUUUCCCCAAAGUUGUGUGAAAUCGCAUUGGCAAAGAAUCACGCAUAUGACAUUUGUAUAUUGUUUGAGUUUUCCGCUGAGAAUACUUGAUGCAUUGACUUUCGGUUUAGUAAUGCAGCAAAUGAGUAACCAAUCACUGGGGCUGUUUUGUUUUUCAUUAAUGAGUAUGAGCAGCUAGUGAUCUAGUGUAAUGAAAUAAAUGCACUAACUUGUUAAAAAGAAUCUUACUCUUGAGUAAUGUGAAAUAAUUUUAGAAACAUACAGUAACGAUAUUGAUGUUGACAAGCUUGCAAAAAUCUACAGGAAUAGCUUCUUUUUUUUUCUCCAUAAUGUUUGGGUUAUUUUCUGUUUAUUUUUGGGUUGGGUGCAAAAGAGGAUAUAGUAAUGGAUUGAUUUUAAGUGUUUGAGACACUAAGUUCUAGAACUGUAUGAAAUGUCACAAAAAAAUAAAUUAUUUUGAUUUGG